AUGGAGCGUCGGAAGAAUUCUUUGGAGACGAAUGAACGCUUGGACAUAAUAUAUUUGUCGACGUUGAGAUCUGAAUUCCACUUUCACGGCCUAACGGCCAUCUCAUUCAGCAAGGGUGUGGAAGAGGGUCCUCCACUUACCUGCAACAAAAAUAAGGGAUUGAACAGUGCAAUAGUAUUUCAGAGUUUUCGAGUUCGAUUGGCUGCUCCCCACGAAGUUCUCGCACACCAAAUCGCGCAACUGAUUCGCUAUGAAGGGAUCGAGCCGGACCUUUCCCUUUUUACUGUACAGAUGUGUAACUUUGAGCGCCACUAUUGGAGCAAGCGAACGUUCAAUACUGAUGGCACCAUCGACCAAUGGCAGCAGUACAUUUUUUCAAAACGGGAGUAG